CGGAGCCCCGCCCCCGAUCACGUGACCGGCGGGGGUCAUAUGGGCGGCUGUCACGUGCCGCGCGGCGCUGCGCCGCCGGGAGCCGCUGCGGGAACGGGAGCGGGAUGAGGCCGGCGGUGCUGUGCGCGCUGCUGCUGGCGCUGGGCCUGGCCGUCGCCGCGCCGCCCGACCACGAGGUGCAGUUCCUGCCCGGGCUGCCCAAGCAGGCGGCCUUCCGCCACUUCUCGGGGCACCUCCGCGUCGGGCCCGCCGCCCGCCUGCACUACUGGUUCGUGGAGGCGCAGAGCGACCCCGGCGGCAGCCCCGUGGUGCUGUGGCUGAACGGCGGCCCUGGCUGCAGCUCCAUGGAGGGCUUCCUGAAGGAGCACGGCCCCUUCCUGGUGCAGCCCGAUGGGGUCAGCCUGAAGUACAACGACUACGCCUGGAACAAGAUCGCCAACAUGCUCUACCUGGAGUCCCCUGCUGGCGUUGGCUUCUCGUACUCCGAGGACAAGAAGUAUGCCACGAAUGACACUGAGGUUGCUCACAACAAUUACUUGGCGCUGAAGGAGUUCUUCCGGCUCUUCCCUGAGUACUCCAAGAACGACCUCUUCCUCACGGGGGAGAGCUACGGGGGGGUUUACAUCCCCACGCUGGCCGAGUGGGUGAUGCAGGACCCCAGCCUCAACCUGAAGGGAAUCGCUGUGGGAAACGGCCUCUCCUCCUAUGAGAUCAACGACAACUCGCUGGUUUACUUCGCCUAUUACCACGGCCUGCUGGGGACCCAGCUGUGGAAGGACUUGCAGGCCUUCUGCUGCUCCCAGGGGAAAUGCAACUUCCACGACAACUCCAACCUUAACUGCACGCUCAAGAUGGAGGAGAUGAUCCAGAUUGUGGAGGAGUCCGGCCUCAACAUCUACAAUCUCUAUGCCCCAUGUGCUGGUGGUGUCCCUGGGAGCAUGAGGUACGAGGGCGACUACCUCAUCACACACGACCUGGGAAACUCCUUCAUCCGCAUGCCGAUGAGGUUCUCCUGGCGGCAGAACCUGCUCCGGAUGCCUGUAGCCCGGAAGAAGGUGCGGAUGGACCCGCCGUGCACCAACUCCACAGCCCCUACCAAGUAUCUGAACUCCCCGGAGGUGAGGAAGGCUCUUCACAUCCCCCCUGAGGCCCCCGAGUGGCAGGUGUGCAGCUUCGAGGUGAACCGCAGCUACAAGCGCCUCUACAUGCAGAUGAAUGAGCAGUACCUGAAGCUGCUCGGAGCCAUGAAAUACCGGAUCCUGGUGUACAACGGGGAUGUCGACAUGGCCUGCAACUUCCUCGGGGAUGAGUGGUUUGUGGACUCCCUGUGCCAGAAGGUGCAGGUGUCUCGCCGGCCCUGGCUCUACACCGAAGGAGGCGAGAACCAAAUCGGGGGCUUUGUGAAAGAGUUCACCAACAUUGCCUUCCUCACCAUCAAGGGAGCCGGCCACAUGGUGCCCACGGACCAGCCCCUCGCUGCCUUCACCAUGUUCAGCCGUUUCAUUAAGAAUGAGCCUUACUAGGAGCCCGCCAAGCUGCGCGUGGUGCUUCCAGCCGCCUGCACGCACCGGCUGCCUCCUGCAUGGCUCAUCCUCGCUGCUGCUUGGCUGUGCCACAGAACAAGUCACUUGCAGCUGCUGGGACUCGGCUCAGCCUGGCAGGACAGCAGCCGGGGUGAACGGCGUGGAGGUGGCUUCCUGCAGGCUGGGGGGAGAGGAGUCCCUGGGGCUCCCUCCCUGCCGGGUGCUGCAGCUGCCUCCUCACUGUGGCUUCCUGUCUCUCCUCCUGUCUGGCUGUGGAGGCAACUACUUCCCUCUGGGCUGGGAGCAGCCCCUGCCACUUCCCCUCUGCACUGUAGCCUCUGCACGCACAUUGCCCUGGGCAGGCCCUGAGCCAGCUCCUCCCUCCUAAGCACAGUUCAGGUGGGGGCUGUGAGCUGCCCCGCGGGGGCUUUCGGCUCCCCUGAAACCACUCCCACCCUGACCUCAGAGGAAGGUGGCUUUUAGUGAAGACAAUCCCACUGCCUGGGGCAUGCAGUGCUCUUGGGACCUCACAAUAAACUCUCUGAACAAA